ACCCGAACGGUGUGUAGUUGGCUGAAUUCGCAGCAGCUACGAGUUGAACGAGCGCGUGUGCUGAUCGAACGUAACAUUUUCGUGAGGCUCGAGAGUUUUUAUCGAGCGAAAUAACAUAAAAUAGUAAUCGAGUUUCAACUCGGUUCUCCUAAUCAAUUUUUCCCUCUCACUACACUUACCCCGAGUAUACUUCUUUUCGUGAUAUUUCAAAGCGACCGGCAAUCGUGAAAAACUUUGUGCGGUAUAAACAGUGCCAUUUGAAAGCUACGACUUUGGCACAAUCAAGUGCUGUGUGUUCAAAUCUGCCUCGCAUCCUUCAAUUUAAAAUUAUUUUCUGCUGAAUAUUGUGCAAAAUGCGUUUUAUCACGUUUCUCAUUCUUGGAUUCGUCUACGUUAUUUCGGAGACGUAUGCUAAACCAACGAUUUAUAAACGCAACGAGGAUAACAUCUUUGAACCCGUCAUGAUACCUGUGUCGUCUACGGUUAUUCCUCUGCCAGUUUAUAAAGUCAGUUAUGGUUUUGGUGUCACCUCAAAGGACAAGAAAUAUCAAUCAUCUUACAAACCAGAUGGUGUAGUCAAACUGAUUACAGCAAAAAAGCUUUUGGAUAAAAAAGCCUAGACGAAAAUCCUCCGGAAGAAGUCGCAGAUCACGAAAUCAAGCAGACGAGAACUUCACAUCGAAUGAUUAAUUGUCUCAAGAAGUCCAACGAAUCCGCGAUCAAGCGAGUCUGCAGGAUGGCCUUAGAACCCAAUCGACAAAUAAUGUACAAAAUCAAAGAUUCCAAUAAGAUUUAAAAGAUAAUAAUCAUCUAAUCAACGCCCGAUUUUCGUAUUUCAAUGAGUUGUGACGAUUUUAAAUAAUCGUAACAAGCUUAGAAAUAAGAGCUUCACACCAAAAACUAAUUUAUCCCAGUGUCAACGCUAUUCAACAAAGAGUUGUUCCCCAGCGAACACGCAGCAGGAAGAUCAAACUCACAAUUUUAUUCUUGAUUAUCUUAUACAAUUUUUAUUCGUUUUUGUUUUUUGUUUACAUUUUAUCGUUUCACGAGAAUAACGACAAGCGAUCGGUGUUCACGAUACUUGGAAACGGAGUAUGCAUCCAAACGAUUAACUAUGAAUUAAUAUUAACGUAUGACGCGAACAAAAUGAAUACGAAAUGAUUGUGAAAUUUUAUCGAUGUAUUGAAAAACUGGUUGAAGUUUGUAAGAUUGUAUUGAUUAGAAAGUAAGGAAUGAAGUCGGAGUAUGACAAACGUGCUAUUUCAAUCAUGCCACUUCCAUCGGUUGAUCAGCUGUAAGUGAGAAAUUUUAAAAUUUACACAAAAUUUAACAAAUGAAUUUUAAAAAUAAAAGUCAUUUCAUUGAA